ACACAAGCGUUGCUGUCCGCCCGCCGUCGCCGCGCCGCUCGACCUCUCCGAUGGCGUACCAGACUCCCGACAGCAAGAAGGAGGAGUUCCGCAAGUACCUCGAGAAGUCGGGCGUCAUCGACGCGCUGACGAAGGUCCUCGUCGGCCUCUACGAGGAGCCGGAGCGGCCGCCCAACGCCGUGGACUACAUCAAACGCUACAUGGGCGCGCCGACGGGCAUCGACGUCGAGGCGCUGCGACAGGAAAACGAAAACCUUCGGAAGGAACGCGAAGACCUCCGUUCGACGAUCGACGAGUUGAACGCGCGGCUGACCGAAGACAAGGGCGACGACGCGUGAGCCCGCCGAGGCGCGGUCCCGGGCGGCCGGCACCCCCGGCGACGCGCGCGCCUCUCUUUUCCACCAAGCAUCCUCCCUGUAACCACCUCUCCUUUCG